AUGCCCCUCUCCUUCCUCUCCUCCCUCAUCCUCACCAUCUUCGUUGCUCUCGUCUCCUUCCUCCUCCCCUUCCAGCUCGCCAGGAGCGUCGCCUUUGCCUCAGAUUCGACUGCCUUCGCCAUGUCGCGACCCCCCGCGCCGGUCCUCCAGGGCUUCUGUUCCUCUCGCACGAGAGAAGAGGCAGGAGUCUGCGAGGAGAGCGUGCGAGAUGAGCUCGAUGCUCUGCAAGGCAGGUGUUCAAAGAGCAUCAUCAGAGGGAGAGAAAUUUCAAGAGAACUUAUCGUGGAGAAGGAGAAGGAGAAGGAGGAGGAGGAGGAGGAGAUGACGUCGAAUCUAUCGAGUGUGGCUGGUGCUGAGGCCGAGUUAGUCUCCAUGUUUCUACCAGCUCCUCCUUUGUCCCUCGAUCGAAUUCACGACCAACAUCCCUCACGUCAGUUUGCCUCCCUCAUGCAAAGCACGGAUGACCUGAUAAUAUGGUUGGAUCAUCAAUUGGCAUGUGGUCCCUCAAGCCAGCAUUGCGACUUCUUUGCUCAACUUGCGCUGCUCCAUGGAAGCGAGCUGGUGAGCUGGCGAGCCAUGGAGGCUUUCGAGAGGACCUUAGCCUCUAGCGACAGCGUCCGGUUUCUGUCUGGAGCACCCGCCUCGUGUCUGACGCAGAUCAGGUGCCAAGAUGAGUUGGUUCAUGCGCUCAUACGAUACGGACUGAGAUCCGAGUGUCUCCCCUCCUCCUGGCAAAAAAGAGUCGACGAGUCUCGCCGUCAAGAACGCUGUACGAGAGUGGGCGUGGUGGAGGUGAAGAAAGGAGGCAAGUGGUGGGAAGGAGAGCUGGUGGAUGAUGGCGAUGAGACCAUGGUGGAACUCAAACAGGAAGGGGAGCCGAUGCUCCUUUCCCAUCUGCAUGUUGCCAAUUGUCGUUUCAAAUAUCCUGAUGGUACGCAAAUGACGCAAGAUGCGCUGAUAGCUCAAGCAUCAACAGGCUCGACCACAUCUGUGUUGAUGAAGCAUCUCUUACCAUUCUUGUGGAUAUUGCAAGCUUGCCUUGAACACAGCAUCAGGACAGAUUCUGGUGUGGAGGAUCUUGUACAGGAUACAGACAGUAUGACUUGUCACCAUCACACCCAGAGAGGCUCUUGCAUUAUCACCGCUCUUGAGAAAACUUUCAAAAUUCUGUUAGAGAGCAUUUCUGAACAAGAAUGGUCCAAGUCGCAAAUCAGGCAUCGAAUCUCGUCUGCUAUUUGUACUCAGCUUUUCGACGAGAAAAGAACAGAUAACAUUUGUCUCAUCAUCCAAAACUUCCUCCCUGUAUCAACCCGAGGCGAAGAAUUGCGUCAGGUCCUUUGUUCAGACUGCAUUCAGCGUAUCAUUUCUGCAGAAACCAUCAACAAAGCUGUCAAUAUGACGAUAGGGGAGACGAUGAAUUUGUUAGAAGAGUUGCGAGUGGACAAAGUGCGAUCCUCCUGCUUCUUGCGAGACAAGGAGAUGUCGUGGUCUGCCAUCAAGCUUCUCGUUGCAGUAGCUGGGGACAUCAUCGUCAAGGAGCUGGUGGAUCAAGACGGUGACCGCAAAGAUGACGUGUUUUCGAGAGUGAUGACAAUCGUCACCCGAUUGAGAACCUCCAUGGCCUCUUGUGGGGACCAUCCGGAUCUGAUGUCGAUCAAGUGCGGUCUUAAUGAGACUGAUUGCCUUCUUGUUGAGGUAAACGGUAGAAACAAGCGUUUCAAGCGUGAUUGCCCAGGAAAUCAGAGUCAGCAGACCCUCUACAAGUUGUUUCGUUCAGAUCAACAGUGA